GUAUCAUCAAAUCAAAUGGCAAGAAAUCUACUAGUUAUCUUGGCCAUCUGCUAUAUACAGUUAGGCCUAUCAUGUGCAAGCGAAUGUAGCAUCUUGGAUCAGAAAGCAAUCAAAUAUGGCUGCGAAAUCACCCUCAAGAACUACUGCGAGAGCUGGAGGAUGAACGUCGAGCUCCACAACAUCCGGGAUUUCGACGUUGUGCCGGAGGAGUGCGUGGAGUACAUGGGAAAAUACAUGACAUCGAUGCAGUACAAGGUGGACUCCGAGAGGACGAUAGAUGAGUGCAGGGUCUACGUGAGCACCAGCUGCGCCUUCAAGAAAGAUGGUGCCGAUGCGUGGAUCUUUGAUGUUGACGACACCCUCCUAUCGACCGUGCCUUACUACAUGAAUCAUGGCUUCGGGGGUGUGAAGCUGAACUUGACGUCGAUGGAGGAGUGGAUGAAGAAGGGCAAAGCUACGGCGCUUGAGCACUCGUUGAUGUUCUACAAUGAGUUGAAAGGGCUAGGAGUAAAGCUCAUUUUGGUUUCAUCAAGAAGGGAGUCUCUCAGAUCUGCUACAAUUGAUAAUCUUAUUAAUGCUGGCUUUUAUGGAUGGAAAACUCUCAUACUAAGAGGAGCAGAAGAUGAGAAGAAGGAAAUCGGAAAAUUCAAGGCUGAUGUGAGGGAGCAGUUGAUGAGUUGUGGCUAUCGUAUAUGGGGCAUAUUAGGGAACCAAUGGAGCAGCAUUCAAGGGCAUCCCACUGCUCAAAGGACCUUCAAGCUGCCUAAUCCUCUCUACUACGUUGCCUAACGUCUUCGAUUGAAUGCUCUAGCUUGUUUCACUUCUUACUUAUGUUGAUCAUCAUCAUGUAACGGUUCUAGCAACUUCAAUAAAAAUGUUGUUCUUUUUCUA